AUCAAAUGUUAGUUGGAGUUUAUGCUGAGAAAUUAUGUCUCUCUCACUGCUUUUGCUUGGAGCAUGCUCCAUAUUCUUACUAUAUUAGUUCGUUGACGGAAAAUCAGUGAGGAAAUGGCCAUCAUGUGUUGGUAUCACGUUUCCAGUAAUCACAAGGUGUGUUGGCAGAAGUGAGGGAAAACAUGAAGGGGCAUGAGGAGAAGUUGAUGAAAGUAUUUUGGCUAAGGCCUGCUUUCAAGAGACAUUCUGCGAGGUCGCCCUCGUGGAGAUCGUUCAACAACGCAGUUUGUUCAUCGUAUGCACUUCUCCUGUUCUUCUUCUUCCUCCUCGUCGUUGCCGUGCUCGUUUUCACCGGCCAGGUCGAUCUCGGAAACUAUGUGAGAAACUCUUACCUAAGGACUUCUAUAAUCAGCACUGGAAAAUUCGAAAAUACCCUCGACUGUGCCACGUGGAACCACACCAAGUCCUGCCCGAGAAACUACCCGAUCCCGGUCAGGCGCGAGCCGUCGGCAAAUCCGGCGGCGACCUGCCCGGAAUAUUUCCGAUGGAUCCACGAGGACCUCCGGCACUGGAAACGCACCGGAGUGACGAAGGAGAUGGUGGAGAAAGCGCGGGCGACGGCGCAUUUCCGCCUCACCAUCCUCGACGGGAAGGUCUACGUGGAGAAUUUCCGGCAGUCGAUCCAGACGCGGGCUCUGUUCACGGUGUGGGGGAUCGCGCAGCUGAUCCGGACGUACCCGGGGAGAUUGCCGGAUCUCGAGCUGAUGUUCGACUGCGACGACCGCCCCGUCGUGGAGGCGAAUCGCUUCCGGCUGCCGGAUUCCGCGCCGCCGCCGCUGUUCCGCUACUGCUCAGAUUGGCGCAGCUUGGAUAUCGUCUUCCCCGACUGGUCGUUUUGGGGCUGGGCGGAGACGAAUAUAAAGCCAUGGAGAAGUGUGUUGAAGGACAUAAAAGAAGGAAACAAGAAGAUAAAAUGGGAGGAUAGAGAGCCCUAUGCAUAUUGGAAGGGAAACCCCAGUGUUUGCCCAUGGAGGGCUGACCUCAUGAAAUGCAAUGCAACUCCUCAGACUGAUUGGAACACUCGCCUUUAUGUUCAGGACUGGAUUAGAGAGUCCCAUCAAGGCUACAAACAAUCAAAUCUUGGAAACCAGUGCACCCACAGGUACAAGAUCUACAUAGAAGGAUGGGCGUGGUCAGUGAGCGAGAAGUAUAUCUUCGCCUGCGACUCCCCGGUCCUGCUCAUGACGCUGCGUUGGUAUGAUUUCUUCAUUAGAGGCAUGGUCCCUCAGCACCAUUACUGGCCCGUGAGGGACGACGACAAAUGCAAGUCUCUCAAAUUCGCAGUCGAUUGGGGGAACCAUCACACAGGAAAGGCCAAGUCCAUUGGUGAAGCCGGGAGUCGGUUCAUCCACGAGGAUCUGAAGAUGGAGUACGUCUACGACUACAUGUUCCACCUUCUCAACGAGUACGGGAAGCUGAUGAAGUACACGCCCUCUGUUCCUGCUCGUGCAGUGGAGCUCUGCCCGGAGUCCGUGGCCUGCUCUGCUCGAGGCAUUUGGAGGGAGUUCAUGGAGGAAUCCAUGGAGAAAGGGCCGAGUGAUACGGAUCCGUGCACGUUGCAGCCGCCCUACGAGCCUCAGGAAAUCCGAGCCUUCAACGAUGGGAAGAUCAAGAGGACUAAGCAAGUGGAGGCGUGGGAGAAUCAGUUUUGGGACAGCCAGAAUAAGAAGAAGCAAUCUUUAAAAAUGUAGCAGCUGCUGCCCUUUGUUAAAUUUAUUUUUUUUCUUUCUAAAGUUGUUGAAUAACAUCAUAGUUUUGAGCGUUUUUGUAAAUGAGGGUGUCAUGAUUCAGACUUCAUAAUGUGAUUCUUGACAUUGAUGUUGCUGAAAAUGAUAUCAAAAUUGCAUAUUGCAACUGUAA